AUGGCUGCCCCCAUAACAACCGUCUCCGAAAGCCGUGAUGUUCGCGGUCUCAACCUCAUCGCGGCACAUUCUCAUAUACGGGGCCUUGGAGUGGAUCUGGCGACUUUAGAGCCUGGAGGGUCCUCCCAAGGACUUGUUGGCCAGGAAAAGGCACGAAAAGCAGCAGCAGUCAUCCUGCGGAUGGUCAAGGAUGGGAAGAUUGCUGGGAGGGCUGUUUUGGUCGCUGGGCCCCCAAGCACAGGAAAGACCGCAAUCGCAAUGGCUAUGGCACAGUCUCUCGGCCCUGAUGUCCCUUUCACGAUGCUCGCCUCGUCCGAGAUCUUCUCCCUUGAGAUGUCAAAAACAGAGGCUCUCACUCAAGCGUUCCGGAAGUCUAUUGGCGUCAGGAUCAAGGAGGAAAGUGAGAUAAUCGAGGGCGAGGUCGUGGAGAUACAGAUUGACAGAAGCGUCUCGGGUGGUAACAAGCAGGGCAAACUCACCAUCAAAACGACCGACAUGGAGACAGUAUACGAUAUGGGCACCAAGAUGAUCGACUCAAUGACUAAGGAAAGAGUGAUGGCUGGCGAUGUCAUCUCAAUAGACAAGUCCUCGGGGAAAAUCACCAAGCUGGGAAGAUCAUACACGCGGUCACGAGAUUACGACGCUAUGGGCGCAGACACCAAAUUCGUGCAGUGCCCUGAGGGCGAACUCCAGGUGCGAAAAGAGGUGGUCCAUACAGUCAGCCUGCACGAAAUCGAUGUCAUCAACUCACGGACACAGGGGUUCCUGGCCCUGUUUUCUGGCGACACCGGAGAGAUUAGGAGCGAAGUUCGUGAUCAGAUCAAUACCAAGGUCGGGGAGUGGAGGGAAGAAGGCAAAGCUGAGAUCAUACCUGGCGUGCUUUUCAUUGAUGAGGUGCACAUGCUCGACAUCGAAUGCUACUCCUAUAUCAACCGCGCCUUGGAAGCAGACCUUGCGCCAAUCGUCAUCAUGGCGAGCAACAGAGGCAACACGCGAAUCCGUGGAACGAGUUAUAGCUCGCCACACGGGCUGCCGCUAGACUUUCUGGACCGAGUGGUCAUCAUCAGUACGCAAGCGUACUCCCCCGAAGAGAUUUCGCAGAUUCUGGCCGUUCGUGCUCAAGAGGAAGAGGUCGACUUGUCAGCGGAUGCACUUGCACUUUUGACGAAGAUCGGCCAGGAGUCUGGACUGAGAUAUGCGAGUAACAUCAUCACCACUUCAACACUUCUGAGUCAGAAGCGCAGGGCGAAGGAGGUCGGCAUCGAUGAUGUCCAGAGGAGCUACCGACUAUUCUACGACCCCUCAAGGUCGGUCAAACUGGUCAGUGACUUCGAAAAACAUUUUAUCAGCGACAGCGGCGCUGUUACUUUCGCCAUUGACGGCACGAACGGAACCAAUGGGGACGUGAUGGACACUGCAUAA